AUGCAGGGGAAUUGCAUUUUGACGUCUGGGUUGCUGUUUGCCACUCUAUCUCUUGCUAUUGCCAAGCACAAGCAAUCUUCCUUCACCAAGAGCUGUUACCCAAGAGGAACACUGUCCCAAGCUGUUGACAUGCUCUAUGUCAAGACAGCAAGGCUCAAAGCAACAAUUCCAGAAGACAGCAUAAAAAAUAUACGAUUAUUGAAAAAGAAAUCAAAAAAACUAUUUAUGAAAAACUGCAGAUUCCAAGAACAGCUUCUGUCCUUCUUCAUGGAUGAUGUUUUUGGUCAACUCCAAGUUAGCAAGGAAAUACAUUUUGUGGAAGAAUUUCACAGCCUUAGGCAGAAAUUGAGCCGCUGUAUUUCCUGUGCUUCAUCAGCUAGAGAGAUGAAAUCCAUUACCAGGAUGAAAAGAACAUUUUAUAGGAUUGGAAACAGAGGAAUCUACAAAGCCAUCAAUGAAUUGGAUAUUCUUCUUUCCUGGAUUAAACAAUUCCUGGAAAAUAUUAAGUAA